GUCGUAUAUCUCUCUCUGUUUCUCUGUUCUUUAGCUCUACAUCAGACUGCGGAGGUUCCUCAGCAGAUCCCUUUGAUUGUGGCUAACCUUGGUGAUAACAUCAGUCUGUCAUGUUCAGUUCCUGGGAGAGAACGCUGGUUGUUUUUCUGGUACAAGAUGAAAUUUGGAUACAUGGUCCAAACACUUGCUAAAGGAGCUUCUUCAGAUAUAAAGUUUCAAGGACAAUUUAACAACUCGAGAUUCACAGUCAUGCCAGCGGCUGAUCUGUAUACUCUUACCAUAAGAAAUAUAAGCAAAGACGAUGAAGCAACAUACUUCUGUCAAGCAGGAGAGCCAUAUAUAAUUACUUUUGUUAAUGAAACAAUUUUGGCUGUGAAAGAUCAUAAAAAUCAGCAGAAACACAUCUAUGUCAAACAAAGUCCGGAGACUGUGUCAGUCCAGCCGGGAAACUCAACGACUCUCGAGUGUUCACUUCUCUCCACGAACAAAGAAAACCUGGACCAGGGUCCAGGUGAACACAGUGUGCACUGGUUCAGAGCCGGAUCAGGACGCUCCCAUCCCGGCUUCAUUUACACUCAGAGCAGCAGGAGAGAUGAACAAGAGGAGAAGAACUGCGUCUACAGUCUGUCCAAAACUAUACACAACUCCUCAGAUGCUGGGACUUACUACUGCGCUGUGGUCACAUGUGGAGAGAUCCUGUUUGGUGGAGGAACCAAAGUGGAGAUGAGUAUGUUGUGGUCAGGGAGACCGUUCCAUAGGCGGGGCGCUGCUGAGCAAAAGGCCCGGUCGCCCAUGGUGCGGAGCUUGGUGUUGGGAACCCGAAUGAGCGAGCUACUUGUAGAUCUAAGGGUGCGGGUGGAGGUGUGCGGAGUGAUGAGGUCUUGUAGCAUAACAGUGGAAGGACAUCCUAUGUUUGCUGAUGACACGACUGAGGGGGAGCAUGUAAACAAUGAAGAGGAUGGGGCCGAGGACGGACCCUUGCGGAACACCACAGGAGACAGGGAGCAGUCUGGACUUGCAUCUUCCCAGUGA